CUUCCUUUUGUGUCUCCAUCACCGAUCUGCGUUGAUCUCGCAACGAUGCCUGUGUGCACAAACAAAGGCUGCGGUAAAGCAUUUGAAGAGGCUUCGAACAGAGACACAGCCUGUGAAUAUCACUCAGGAAACCCGGUAUUCCACGAAGGUCUCAAGGGGUGGUCCUGCUGUAACAAAAAGGUCACAGACUUUGACGACUUCUUAAAGAUACCUGGAUGUACUGUUGGUCGUCAUAGCACGGUUGUCGCUGAACCUGAGAAGCAAGCGGCCACUCCUAACCCUGCAAUAGCGCCGGUCACAAUAGACAGUAAUGGAGUGGAAGUGUACGGAAAAGCCACUGCCAAAUCUGGUGCACCUGCGGCGACUACGGAGGCGUUCAUUCCAAAAUCCGUAGAACCAAGUCCGGUAGUAAAGGAGGAAGAUCUCAACGAUCCUUGUGACGCAAAGAUCUCAGCGGGGGCAAAGUGCAAGCGGCGUGGCUGUGGGAAGGAAUGGGUCGGCGAAGAGUCCCGAUCGGAGGAAUGCAUCUUCCACCCUGGUCAAGCCAUCUUCCACGAAGGCAGCAAGGGUUGGUCCUGCUGCUCAAGAAAAGUACUGGAAUUUGAUGAGUUCCUGAAGAUCAAGGGCUGUAAGACAGGGAAGCAUCGAUUUACGGAUGUCAAGACGGAUGUACCGGAGGAAGUUCAAUGCAGACAUGAUUGGUACCAGACACCAUCAUCCGUGAUAAUCUCGAUCUUUGCAAAGAAGGUCAACAAGGAACAAACAUCCGUCGUGUUUACAACUGAUGAGUUGAAGGUAGACGUGAAGUUUAUGGAUGGGAAGGUCUUCAAGUUCCAUACUCCUCUGUCGCAGCCGAUUGAUGCUGCUGCGAGCAAAUAUGAAGUACUGUCGACGAAAAUUGAACUUGUGUUGAAGAAAGCAAAUGGCAUCAGCUGGGCGACCAUCGAACCGAGUGCAGGCGUUGUUUCAUGGACGACAUUUGGAACAACCGGCUCCGUGGGUACAGUUGGGGGAAAGGAAGCUGUUGUAGCUGCCGACGCUCCCAUUCAUUUGCUGAAGAAAUAGAGUUUGGCACUUCAACAACCAUUGGCAAAGCAGCGACAAUAGAAGAUAAUAACUGCCACCUCACGGAUAUAUGUCAUGUACACUGCGGUUCAGAUCAUUGUAUAAAUAACGGGAUAUUGACCACAUACACAGCCCUUCUGCCCACAUUCUCUUCAUCGUAAUUACUAUAUACAAGUGAACCAUC